GACCAUACUAUACCUAUACCCUCAAUUCAUGGCACGAGAAACCACUCCACUCCUCGAAAAUGGCGGCCCACCAGCUACAGGGAACAGGGUGGCCGAAGAGACCCUCACAUUGGUCCGUUCGUCAACCUCGCUGGUUCUAGUGUCCUACCUUCAAUUUUCUCUUCCCUUUGCGGGGCUCCUCUUUGUGGGUCGACUCGGGAUCGACGAGCUCGGGGCUGUCAGCCUCGGGGCUAGUAUCACCAACAUCACCGCAUACGGGGUCUAUCAAGGGCUGUGUUCCGGACUGGACACCCUCGGGGCCCUCGCCUACGGGCUGCGGCGGUGGGAUCUGGCCACCCUGUAUCUAAAGAUGACGCUCAUGCUUCUGACGAUCGUGAGCUGCCCGGUAGGCCUGGGAUGGUGGCAUAGUCAAUCCAUCUUGCGGACGAUGGUGUCGCCGAAAAUCGCCGCUCUCACCUCGCAGUACCUCCGGGUGUCGUUGCUGAGCCUACCGGGCCAUGCAGGAUUCGAGGCCGGCAAGCGCUUCCUGCAGAGCCAGGGGACCUUCCACCCGCCAAUUGUGGUCCUCUGUUGCGCGGUCCCGGUCAAUCUCGCGUUGCAUUGGUGGUUUGUCUAUCGGCUGAAGUGGGGAUUUGUCGGGGCGCCGGUCUCUGCAGCUCUGUCGGACACCAUGCUUGGGGCCGGUCUUCUGGCCCAUGCCACAUACCUCCGUCCAAUCAGCCGAUGUUCCCAUGACGACGAUGACUCCGCCUCUUCGUCAUCGUCUCCAAAUUCAUUGCUCCGCGCGGGGGCACAUUGGCCGAGGCUACUCCGCCUCGCGCUGCCGGGCUCGAUCACGGUGCUGGCGGAGUAUCUGACAUUCGAGCUGCUGACGGUCGGGGCGGGGAAGCUGGAUGCGACGCGGCUGGCGGCGCAGAGCGUGCUCAAUGGGACGGUGGCUAUGACGCUGCAGCUCACCUUUGCGAUUGCGAGCGCGACGACGCUGCGUGUGGCGACGCUGAUGGGCCAGAAUCGCCCGCGUCGUGCCCAGCUGCACAUGCGCGUCGCGCUGACGACCGCGGUCGUAGUGGGACUGCUCAACCUCAGCGUGCUCCUGACGGGGCGGUACUGGAUCUCCCGGCAGUUGUGCACCUCGGUCGAGGUGCAGACCCUGGUGGUGCAGACCAUGCCCUUCUGCGCGCUCCUGCAGAUCGUCUAUGCUACCGCGGAGUGGGCCAAUGGGGUGAUGAAGGGGCUCCAGAUGCAGCAGACUGCCGGAGUUCUGUCUCUGGUCUGUCACUAUACAGUGAGCUAG